CGGAGUACUGGGUAGUUUACAUGCGCCGAGAUAGGUGACUCCAGAGGCGGGGUUCGGAAGAACCGGAUCCCCGGGAUGUCGGUGAUUUUCGCACCAGACUGGCUGAGAGGCAAGGCGAAAGUCAAUCAAGAGACUGUCCAGAGGCUCCUGGAGGAGAAUGACCAGCUGAUCCGCUGUAUUGUGGAAUAUCAGAACAAGGGCCGGGCGAACGAGUGCGUGCAGUACCAGCAUGUGUUACAUAGAAAUCUCAUUUAUUUAGCUACCAUUGCAGACGCCAGCUCAAACGGGACUCCAAAAGCAGUGGAAUAAUCUUCUAGUUUGCUGUUGUGAGGAAUAACUGGAUGUAAUCCAUUUCCUAUGAAACAGAAUCUUUACAAACUUGGCUGUUUAAAACACACAUGAAAACUCUGUGGUUCUUUUUUGAAAUGUGAAGAAAGCUACUAACCUUAACUAUAUUCUCAAUGUAAAUAUUUAUUUUAAUAAUUAAGUGGGUCCCUCAAUAAACUGUACGGACUUAAUAACCAUAAGGUAUAUGACAAUGCCACUAUCAUUGUGAACAAAAUUAGUGAUUCUAGUUAUUAUCUGAUAAUAAAUGAUAAGCAAUUUUCUUCAAUUA